GCGUUUUUCCCCCCAUUGCAGCAUUAUCAUCUCCAUCUUUAUUUGCAAACAAUGCUCACCCGCCUUCUCCUCCUCCGCCGUCCCCCUCGGCCCUUCCAUCACCUACAGCUAACACGCACAUACUCCACACCCACCGAAUCCGAAUACAAACUCCACGAACCGCUUCUCCGCUCCUUGGGACUCAGUUACGAAAACCCUGGCGUCUAUCACGGAAAAUGGAGCGGAAACGGACCGACGAUUGCGUCUGUGAACCCCGCUACGAAUCGGACGAUUGCGACGAUUCGGACAGGGACUCCCGAAAAUGUACGAGAAGCCUUGGACUCGUUAUCUGACGCGCAAAGGAUUUGGAAAGGAGUUCCUAUGCCUAAACGGGGAGAAAUUGUUCGACAAAUGCGGGAUGAAUUGGAAAGAAACAAAACGGCGCUUGGGACGUUGGUUUCUUUGGAAAUGGGAAAGAUUUUACCAGAGGGGUUAGGUGAAGUUCAAGAAUACAUUGAUGUAUGUGAUUAUGCUGUUGGGUUGUCUCGUAUGAUUGGGGGUCAGGUUUUGCCUAGUGAGAGGGUAGGACAUUUUAUGAAAGAGGUUUGGAACCCCCUUGGUAAUGUUGGUGUUAUUUCGGCGUUUAAUUUCCCGGUUGCUGUUUAUGGGUGGAAUAGUGCUAUUUCACUUGUAUGUGGUAAUACUGUGUUAUGGAAAGGAGCGCCGACCACCACGUUAUGUUCGAUUGCUGUGACGAGGAUGUUGGAGAGGGUUUUGGAGGCGAAUGGGUUACCCGGUGCCAUUUGUUCGCUUGUUAGUGGGGAUAAAGAGGUUGGUGAAGCUAUUGUGAGGGAUCGGAAUGUGGAUUUGGUGUCGUUUACUGGGAGUACUGCUGUGGGGAAAUGGGUGGGUGGGGUUGUGCAAGAGAGGUUUGGAAAGUGUUUGUUGGAGUUGGGUGGGAAUAAUGCUAUCAUUGUCAUGCCAGAUGCAGACCUAGACCUAGCUCUCCGCUCCGUCCUCUUUGCAGCCGUCGGAACCGCCGGACAACGCUGCACAACCACCCGUCGUCUCUUCCUCCAUAAAGACAUUCACGACGAGUUUGUAGAAAAAUUAGUAAAAGCAUACCAACAAGUCAUUGUUGGGGAUCCGUUGGAUAGUAAAACGCUUUGUGGGCCUUUACAUACCCGUCAUGCUCUUACGCUGUAUGAACAAGGGAUUCGGGAUGUUCAAGAUCAGGGAGGUAAAAUCCUUUAUGGAGGAACUGUACUCGACAGACCAGGAAACUUUGUCGUACCCACUAUCACAAGUAUCGAUCCCUCUGCAAGUGUGACUAAAAAUGAGAUUUUCGUGCCCAUUUUGCAUACCAUGAAAUUCUCGACACUCCAAGAGGCAAUUCAUUACAAUAAUGAUGUUCGACAGGGGCUGUCAAGUAGUCUUUUUACAAAGUCUUUGGAAAAUGUGUUUGAGUGGACUGGACCGUUUGGGUCUGACUGUGGGAUUGUUAAUGUUAAUAUUCCAACGAAUGGCGCUGAGAUUGGUGGGGCGUUUGGGGGUGAGAAGGAGACAGGCGGUGGAAGGGAGAGUGGAAGCGAUGCAUGGAAACAGUACAUGAGGCGUCAGACGUGCACCAUCAAUUAUUCGGGGGCAUUGCCGUUGGCUCAAGGGAUAAAGUUUGCCUAACUAGAAAAGAACUAGGAAAAAGAUGUAAAACACAAAUGUGUGUACUCGAUAUAUUUUGAUGUGCAAGGAAACCCAAAAUGUCUCAAUGUUUUGCAAAAGAGUACACGAUAAUCUUUUCACUUUUGUUUACCAA